ACAUAAACAACCAUUUUGAUAAGAAUUAUCAAACGAAAUCGAAGAAAAUGGAAUCAUCAACGAGCAAUUUGAUGUUAACGGUGAAAUUUCUGUUAAUUUCAAUCGGAGCAGUUUCUUCAGCCAUUGCAAUUAAAUCCUCUGCUCCGUUGAUUUUAUAUGAAUUUCCUACGAUUUGGUCCGGUUUGAUUUCAUGGUUAAAGCCUCCGUACCUCUACAUUUUACUCAACGGUAUAAUCAUCAUCAUCGCCGCUACUUCUCGAUCAAAUCGUAAGGAACAACAACAAUCCGGCGAGCAAUCGCCGUCCUUAAUUUCUGCCGGAACGCCGCCGGUGUACUCAGAUUUGUUAACGAUUUCCAGAUCUAAAAUGUUGGAGUAUGCGCCGGAACUGGUUGAUGAACCGGAGGUGUUUGAGGUGAUGCCGUUGAUUUCUGCCGGAACGCCUCCGGUGAACUCAGAUUUGGUAUCGAUUUCCAGAUCGGAGAUGUGUGAGUAUGCGCCGGGACUGGUAGAUGAACCGGUAAUUGAGCCGCCGGAGGUGGUUGAAGUAAAGUCUAUGGUGACUGUAAUGAAUGAAGACGAAGGUGAAAAUGAUGAAUUUGUGAGUUCGAAUUCGGUUUUUACGCCGUUGCCUGAAGUAGAAACGGAGCUAAUUCAACGGCUGACGACUGAGAAACCACUAGUUUCUUCGAGGUUCAGUCAUCGGAAACCGCUGAUGAGGACGAGUCCGGAAGGGGUGAAAUCUCUAGGGGUGGCUAGAGUAAAGAGGCAAGAGACAUUAGAGAGUACAUGGAAGAAAAUAACAGAAGGGCGUCACGUGCCUCUCACGAGGCACCUGAACAAGUUAGACACAUGGCAACAUCAGAACCAGAACCGGGGAAGUGAAUCCCCGGUUCAAAACAUAAAAAAAGCACUUGAACCGUCACCGAGUCAAGAUGAGCUAAACCGACGAGUUGAAGCAUUUAUUAAAAAAUUCAACGAAGAAAUGAGAUUGCAAAGAGAACAAUCAUUACAACAAUACACGGAGAUGAUUAAUCGUGGAGUUUAAGUUAACUUUUAGCAAUUUAUACU